CCCACCCAAUAAUAAAAGAGCUCCCUUUUUUGUAUGUGCUACUUCAAUUCAAUUCUUCAUCAGUAUGAAACUAUCUUCAUUAAGAAUUAGGGUUUUAAAUCUCUGCACCCAUUUCAGAUGUCACUCCAGCUUAGCUACAAACCCUUUGAAACCCAUUAACAGCACAGAGCUUGAAACCUUAGUACUCCAACAAUACAAACAAGGUAAAUUCUAUAACCUAAUUGAAAAUGUCAUUUCUAAACCUACUGUUCUUCUUGCUUCUUGUAGAAAUCUAUCAAAUAAUGAAUCAAUCAGUGAAUAUUAUGUUUCUAAGAGAAUCUCAAUUGAUGAAAUUUCUGAUGAGCUUAGACAGAACAGAUUCAAUGUGAAAGAAUGUUGUGUUAAAAUGGUGGCUAAUAGAAUAAAAGGAGAGUCUUUUAUUUUACCUAAUUUGAAAAUGAAAGUUUUGAUUGAAGCUAUUAGGAUGGUAUUAGAGAUUGUUUAUGAUAAACGUUUUGCAACUUUUGCUUAUGGUGGGCGUGUUGGAAUGGGUAGACAUACUGCUAUUAGGUACUUGAAAACAACUGUACAGGACCCUAGUUGGUGGUUUAAGGUUUCGUUUAAGCCCCAUAGUGUGUUUGAUGAUAAACAUGUUUGUAGAUUAUGUUUGAUUGUCGAAGAGAAGAUAGACGAUAAGUUUUUGAUUGAGUUGAUAAAGAAGUUUUUUGAAUUUGAAGCAUUGAGGAUUGAGUUAGGUGGUUCUUGUAUGGGUAGAGGUUUUCCUCAAGAGAGUAGCUUGAAUUCGAUGCUUGUGAAUGUUUACUUUGAUGGUUUCGACAAAGAAAUGCAAGAGUUUCGUAAGAAGAUUGAUAGGAAGGAGAAGAAGUUAAGUGUUGAUUCGGUUGGGGGUAGAGUUUUUCAUAAGCCUGAAAGGGUGUAUGCAGUUAGAUAUUUAGAUGAGAUACUAGUGAUAACGUCUUCGUUUUCUAAAAGACAUGUGGUGGGGUUGAAAAAUGAAGUAGUGAAGUUCUUAGAAGGGGUGUUGGAGAUGGAGGUAGAUAAAUUGGAGACGGCUAUCCAUAGUUCUGUUUCGGAAAAGAUCGAUUUUUUGGGGAUGGAGCUUCAGGCAGUCCCACCUUCGGUUUUGCAUCCACGUCCGUCAGAAAAAGAAAUUAGAGCAAGGAAGAAGUACAAUAGACAAAAAGAGAUGAAACUGUUGGAAUUGAAAAAUGCCAGAGCGACUAGGAGGAGGAAACGGGGGUUGAAGAUAGUUGAACAUGUUUUUAAGAAAGUGAAGCGAGGUGAUGUAUUCAAAUUUGAUUAUCAGAUAGAGAGAGAGGUGCGAGAGAUUUUUAGAAGUUGGGGUGACGAAACAGUGCAGGAAUUCUUUCAGUCUUUGGAGGAUCGAGCUGAUUGGCACCGGAAGUUCACAGGUGGUGACUUUUUCACUCUGAGAAACAUUAGAAGUCAAUUGCCAUGUGAACUUGUGGAUGCUUACGACCAGUUCCAGGAACAAGUGGAUAAACACUUAACACCUUUGAAGGCGAGGAACGCCUUGGAGGAAGUUGGAAAGCAAGUAGAAGAAGAAGAGAAAAAGAACUAUGCAGAGAGCAUUGUUGAUGAUUUAACAAAGUUGUGCAUGAAAGUAGUUGCACCUCCAGAGCUCAUAAGGAAAGCAGUUAAGCUGGCUGGAUUUACAAACUCAAUGGGUCGUCCCAGACCAAUCAAAUUACUCAUUUGUUUGGAGGAUGCUGAUAUCAUUAAGUGGUACGCAGGUGUGGGGAGGAGAUGGCUCGAAUAUUUUUGUUGUUGCCGCAACUUUAAACUGGUGAAAACUAUUGUUUCUUAUCACAUGAGAUUCUCGUGCAUAUUGACACUGGCAGAAAAGCACGGCUCCACAAAACUCGAAGCUAUUAGGCAUUACACAAAGGACUUAAAAACAUCUGAUAUGGCUGGUGGAGAAGAAGUAUACUUUCCCACAGAAAAGGAGGUCAAGAUGAUGGGUGAUAAAAACCUUACGGAUCCGAAACCUGUGGAUGGGGCCUUAACAAUGGCUGUGGUCAGAUUGGCUGUCGACGAGCCUAAGUCAUAUUGUAUGGCUCAUUUCUGUGAUAGAGAAGAAACUGCUCUUUAUCGGAUCCGCUUGCUGCAGAACCGUCUCAACGUCGAUCCAAUAAACACAGAGAAGUGGGUUCCUGGAAUGGGUGCUAUUCAUGAAAGCCUGAACCGCAAGUGCCUGUCUCUUUGUUGCGACCAUCUAAGCGACUUAUACUUGGGUAAAAUCACCCUGCAGGAUAUCGAUUGUACAGCAUUUGUGAACGUGUAAUAAGUGCUAUGGAUAUUCCCUCUGUCUCCAUUGGUCUUAGAUCAUAAGAUUUGGACCAAAUCAUAGGAAUUUUGAAAGCGUAGUGUAACUUAAAUGAAAAUUAUUGGCUGACAUCAGUGGCAUGUUAUGCAGCACAGAUACAGAGACUACCAGGCCUGGAAAUUUUGGAGAGGUUUUGCAUCAUGCAAUUAUGCUGAAGUGCGGUCCAAAACUU